AUGAAAGUCCCCAUGGGACCUCCUCCUCCGAGGAAGCAGAAUCCUCAUCCUGGCUCAAGCUCCAACGGUAAUGGUGAACCCGCUGCCGCCAGAGAGUCAUCCUCUGAUGAAGCAUAUGCCGGAAGCCGGCAGCAAAAAGAGGUAGAGCAGGCCGGUGCUCCACUGGAAGGAGUGAAGUUUCCCAUGGGACCAACCCCUCCGAGGUCAUUAAUUCCUCCACUGGUUUCAAGCUCCAAAGCUGAUGGUGAUCAACCGGAGGAACCGCAGUUUGGAGACGGAGGAAUAGCGGAGCCGAAGCAGCCCGGCGUCCCGCAAGACGGAAUCAAGGUCCCCAUGGGACCUCCCCCUCCAAGGAUUCCAAAUCCUCCUCCUAAUUUGAGCUCCAACCUUAAUGGUGUACCCGCGGCCACGGGAGUGAUCUCCCCUGAGGAAGCACAGGUUAGCGGCCGGCAGCAGGAAGAGUCAGAGCAGGCCUGUGCCCCAGCCGCAGAGGUGUCCGAAGGGAAGGAAGUCCUGGAAAAGCCGACGACAAGUAAGAAUUCAGCUCGGUCGGCACCUCCGAACCAGCUGACAGUCCCCUACGUGAUUCCACCAUGGAGUGAGCCUCCGGGGAACCCUUUCCACUUUGAAAUCCUCAAGGACGGCUCGAUCAUCGGACAACUAGACGUGUGAGUCAUCCACCAGAGUCGAUCAUCAUCAUGAUCUGUUGCAACAGGAAGCUUUCUUUCACCCAUUUUGACUCAACCAAUCUCUGGGAGAACAUCAUCGAGAGUUUUGGAAGUCCCUUUUUAUGUGCAUUGACAAGUGAUAAUGCCCAGCUUCUAAAUUAUCUAAACGUGAUCAGAAAAUGUUCCAAGCAUUAGCCAUUACAGUUAAACAUAUAAAUCCACAAAAAUUUUCUCAUACUGGAUUUUUUCACUGACAUCUCUACACUGAACAGAGUUACUGAAAAAAAUUCGCUCCUUUGGUGUAUCUGUGGACGCCAUUGACAUUGAGUUGAUGUGAUAUUUUUAAUAACUUGAGCCCUUAAAUUUAAUAUUCCAUAAUCUCUCGGAAACUGUAAGUAGUCUCUGUAAAGAUUGAGAAAAUUGUGUCACCCUGUUUUAGUCGGAAAUUCCUAUUUUCAUUUUUAUUAAGCUGACGCCUAUAAAGCACACCCAAUAUAGAAUUCUUCUAUAUUUUGAAUUUGUAUCUAUUCUCUUUUUCAAAUAGGAAAGAGCAUGUUAGGCCUAAGUAAUGUUAGAUUGAAUUGCUUUGCUUUUCUUAGAGUCGAGGAGCAAGAUUAGUGACCUGACCAAAGUUGGAGGAAGGUAUCCAGUCUUUGUCAUGAUCAGAACAGUUUUUGGCAUACGAGUAACAUCACAGUUUGAUUCUUAGAUUGAACUGGGAAUGAGAAAAAAUUGUGGCACUGCCAUUAGCAGACUGAGGCGGGUAAACUGUGCCAAAAAUGCAUCUCAAAAGUAGCGGUCAGGACCUAGUUAGAUCUUCCUCUUAAACGAUAUAAUAUUUGAGUUCCCAGUCAGAUCUACAUAGAGAUACAACAGAAGUAGACUGGCAUUAGUAAAGGUUUGGGAGAGGUUGCUUACUCAGGGGAUCUUGCCAUGGUGAUCUUCGUUGACAAUUAAGGGCUAUACUCAUCGUUUUUAUAGGGUUUGUGAGGCUGGUUGAGGAACACAGGAAGCAAACAUCACAGAGCCAUUAAGAGGGAUGUGAAAUUAUAGAAUACUAAAAUAGAAUCUUUGCCUCAGAACUAUUUAAUUGGGACUGAUUCCGAAUUUUCGAUUAAAGACCUUGGAUCUAUUCGCCAUGCGCUCCUGAGAAAUUUAAUGAAUGGAAGAGAAAAAUCCAAGAAUAAUUUGAGACUUUAUAAGAAAACAUUUUAUUCGACUUUGUUCUAUGGUCUAAAUAUUUGCCUUGGAUGGACUUUGUAAAGGUCUAAAGGUUAUACGGUUACUAUUACGAAGAUGUUAUAUAGAUCUCCAAUUUAGUGUUUGAGCGUAAGCAGAUUCUUGUAGGUUUGGAAUGGCAUACUCAGUUUCCUCUAUAGGUAUGUUAAUAAUGGUCAAGUUUGUUGUAUAUUAUUUUCAGGUCAGAAAAAGGAGCAUACAUGUUUGGACGGGUAGAUCUAUGCGAUUUUGUGCUUGAACAUCCAACUAUUUCUCGAUUUCAUGCAGGUGUGUACUUGUGUUGUCUAUGUAUUCCAUGUAGUCCUUUUUGUUCUCUUAGCCUGUUAUUGUUCAUUGUAGUAUAACAUUGGCUCUAGUAAUACACUCUCCUAUAAUCAGAUCAAUUGAUCUUUAUAUCUUAGUUUAAAAACUUUACUUUUUCAAUAGCAUCAGAAAGUUUGAUCGGCUAAACUAGCUCUAGUUAUUUUACUUUCCACACUUAAAUCCUAUAGUAGUGUCCUAUUUUACUGUUGUUCCUUCGUAUUCCUUCUGACAUCUUCAAUCCUCUUGAUGAUAACUCAACAAUCCUCAAGUUUUGUUUUACAAAUUUUAUCUUACAGUUUAUCUCAUUUUCCAUAUUCAUCGAAUGGUUUUCAGUAGGAAGUCUUUCAUUUUGUAAGGAUUUCUUUUCUAGCCUGAAGUACUUACCAUCCUCUUCUUUAGCUUAGUAACUCUAUUGAAAUUCUUACUUUUCCCUUCAAUAGGUAUUUUUGCCCUUUGGAAGUUUCUUUUACCCUCCUUAGUAUUAGUCUUCCAUAGGAAUUCUCAUUAGUUUCAAUAUCUUUGAAGGUAUUUUGUCCCAGCUUAAAUUUGAAGAAGCAUCAAUGUAGCAUUAUGGGUUAGCAUAUUGCUUUAUGUUGUGGUAAAUUUGUAUUGCCAGCUAACAAAGUAAAUAUUGUGUAUAACUGUAAAAGGUCUGUUAGGCUACAGUUGCUACUAUUAAGGUAUAAAUGCUACUUCACUCUUGUCAGGGUUCUCGAUUUAAUUGUGCCUGUGUUUUAGCCUGAUAUAUAAGUAUUGAGAAAGGGGCUCUUUAGGAUGAAAACAUAUCUACUGCAGCCACUCUGCCCAUCCUCUCGUUUCCUUCACUGUUGUUCAACAAUAACCAUAAAAAUAAAAUAAAAAUCUGGUAACUUCAACAACUUUUGAAGUCAAUCUUUAUAUAAUCAUGGAUUGCGCCAUCAUUAGUCUUGUUUUCAUGUUAGAAGACCAGUUAUUUUGGUUUUUACAUCGUGACUCUAAUUGUCUUUCCCUUUCACCAGUGCUUCAAUUUAGAAAAGAUAGUGAAGCUUUCAUUUAUGACCUUGGGAGUACACAUGGUACCUUUGUCAACAAGAAUCAGGUAUGGACGUGCAUGGUUCAUGUCAUAUUCCAUGAAAUUUUACUUUUCUUGGCUCUUGGGAUGAAUGUCAGUUGGAACUGAUACAUUGCUUAAGUUGGUGUUGUGUUUAUUUCGUUUAGGGAAUUUGAUGGUGAACUGAAGUAAAUACUAUAAGUAAAAUGAUAUGCAGUUUGGUAUUGAGGCUGUGUAAGAUUUCUAUGAUGAGUGAUGCAAACAACAAUAUGGUUCACUUAGACAUUUGCCUAUACAAGGUAAUACCAAGGGUUAGAUAUACUUAAUAAAACAGGUUCAUACAUGUACAAAUACUAAAGCUAAUAUAUAUUCAUAUCAAGAUUUCGUCAAUUACAAAAAAAAUUGUGCUAUAGUGUAAAGAAAACAACUAGCAUAAAACAGCCAUUUUAAAUGGACUUCAUGGAACUAAUUGCAAUUCUAUUUUUAAAAAUAGUUUCCGCAGUGCAUUCAUAUCUGGGUCACUUUGCCGCCUUGGAGAUACCCUAAAACUUGUGUUGGAGUAGCAACACAUUUAAUAAGUUCCAUUAGGCACAAGCCUUCCUACCAUGAUUGACCUAGAAUCUUUUAGCCCAUAAGCAGUAGGUGAAUAUAUUUGUCAUGGAUUUGAUCAAUAACUCAACACUAUGGAUUAGAUCUCCAAAACAUGUGUACUUGGUGAAGAUUGUGGCUGGAUUUUUCGAUUCUCAAAACGAGGCAAUAUCAAGUGUGGCAUUGACCAUCUUUGUCUCAUUCAAUUAUUCAACUUGAAAUUCAAAUGGUUGUGUAUAAUUUUAUUUGCUUUGCCAUAGAAAAAGCAAAUAGCAUGAGAACAUAUGUACUUGACUUUGAACUGUGGCUUUAGUAAAGUGUUUCUCUAUUCACUACAAGCAAAACUCUUUUCCUGAUGGAUCCAAUGUGAAAUACAUAAGAUGUCUCAAUUUGCUUUGUAACCUCGACUAUAUAGCUUGAAAAUUGUGCGAACAUAGCAAAAGUAAGCGAGAUAUUUGUCUUUUGACUACUUUUUUUGUCAUUGUAGAGGUUACACUUUAUCGUUUUGUCAGUUGGUGAGAGCAUGUUGUUGUGAUUUGUCUUUAGCUUUUUAGUGAUUUCUUAUUUCAAUGAUUUAAAAGUAGAUUGGAUGAAAAAUUAGUAGUUGAAUCGUUCUCAAUAUGCCUUUGCUUUGUUAUGCUAAGUUAUUUGUAGCUGUUUUUGAAGGUUGAUCAGUUAUGUAUUUUAUGACUUGUCAGAUCAGGAAAAAAUCAUAUACUGAAGUGCAUGUCGGUGACAUAAUUCGAUUUGGGCAGUACGUACACUUUCCCUCCACAAGUAGAUUUUCUGUCUUACUUCUCAAGUUCAAGUAUAUUUCCAUUUAUCUUAAAGCUUCUUCCAUAGUGCAAAUCAGAUGAGUUUACUUCCAUGCAUCAUUCCCUGUUUCAUUGUAAAAUUGAGUUUGAUUAGUUUAUUUUCACGUUGUUAGGCUUCCAACUGAGCUGGGUUUGGUUCCCUAAUUACCUUAUUUCUAGUGAUUAGAACUAGGUCUGGGGUGAGAUGCUUCUAAAUGAUGGGUGAGUUUGCCUUCAUGUGAUAGAUAGAUUGGAGGAUCGGAUUGCAGGUUGAUAAUUCAGCCGUUAUCUGACUUUUACCGUUUUUAAGCCAGUAAAAAGUUUCCAGGACUUUGCGGUCUUCAUUUCUAAGGGCUCUGACCAACAAGCCCUUACUGUUAGAAAUUUGUAUUAACUUUUUUAUUUAUCAAAGUUAUUUUCAAAUGGCGAGGACAUCCUGGUGUCUGCUGAUGUCAUAUUAUGUAUUGUUUCCAUGACAUGAAGUCAGCGAAUGAAUGUCUUGUUGCUCUUGUUGUUCCUUUGAUUUACAGUACCUCGGCCAUUUAUUCUAAUUGCAGUAGUGGUACUAGUCUGUCCUGUCUGACAUGAUAAUUUUAUUAUAGCCUCCAGUUCAUUCAUACUAAUGUUAAUAUUGCCUUGAAGAAAGAAAUUAUUAUUCUUCCGUUUAACGAAAUGUAAAUUUGGCAAUAUAUGUAGGGCCAGGAAAAUUCUCCCACCAUUUUUAGAGGUCGUACAUGAAGCACGCCUAGAAAGGGCUUACCAAAAAAAUACAAAGCAAAGAAGAGAAACAGAAAAACAGACUUCCAAGGAAAUCUCUAACAGAUCUAAUUAAUGAGAAGAAUAUAUAUUACGGAAAGAAAAAUUUAUUUAUAUUAAUUCUAAGAUGUCUAUUUUUCCAUUUGCCAACCCCAUUCUUUUGGGGAGUGUCAACACAGAUAAGGGUUCAUGAACUUUUCCUUGUUAUUGAAAAAAAGAAGUUGGAAACUAGUUCAAAUACUCAUUCCCAUUAUUAGAUCAAGCCUUCUUAGUUCGUUUCCGAACUAAGUUUUUGGACCAUAGUAUGGAACACUGAAUAAUUUCGUUCACAUCAGAUUUUUCUUUCAUAAGAUACAAUCAAGUAAAUGAGUAUAAUCAUUUUUAACCAACGAGCCAAGCCUCUUAGCACCAGUAAUUUUGGGAAUUUCGAAUCGUCACCAAACAUCAAACGAAAUCAGGAAGAAAAGCUUUGAUGAUUUUAUUAAACUCAAAGGGAAAUGGGCACAAUGUUGUUUUGCUAGCUAACGUACAUCACAGUGCAACAUCACUUGAAAUGUUCUAAAAGACUGAUGGCAACAUAGUUCAACGAGUCUGAAAAGAUGACCAGGUCUUCAAUGAUGAAGUCAUUUUGAAUUUUUCUGAAGAGAAGGAUGUGCAAUUGGACAAGUAUAUCAACAAUUGAUUUUGCUCAUCUAUUCACCUUUAGUUUUGUUCAAGAUAGUACAAACCAUCCCUUUCCUUAUCAUCGUCCCUUUGUUCUUUUUGAAGUACAGAAUUGAUUAUUUAAGAACACAUUGGGCAUCAUGUAAUGAGAGAGCAAGAGUAACUUGGGGUGGACAGACAUCUUUAAUGUUGCCAUGACCAAAAAUCUAGACAGCUGAUCCAUAAUCUACAAAAAAAAUUUAAUUCCAAAGUCACGCAUCUACUGAUCAAAUUAAUUUCAAUAUCGGAUUAUAUGGUCGGUGGAACCAUAGUCAAGGCUUAUGAUUUGGGGUGGACAGACUCGGAAGCUUUAUCGAAAUUAGAAAUAAGAUACUUACCACUUUGAGCCAAUUAACUUAUACUAAAAAUCUUAGUGAGAGAGCUAAGUAAAUCUUUCAGCUUUUCAAUGUAUUUUUUCCUGAGUUCCUCUAUUGACAAUUAGUUAACCUUAGAAGUAUCCUCAUUAGCAAGAUUAUCUUAGUCCACCAUUUAUCCAAUACUUGAGCUUUCCCAUCAAGGUUGAAGCAAUUAUCCUUUGUAUGUCAAGACUUUGUAUACUAAGAAUAGCGCAAUCUAUCUCUAUUAGAUUGUCCUUAGGUCAACUCGAUCAGACUAUCGCAAUCUAUUGUGCGUCAAGACUGUUUUUCCUGAGUUCUGGUCCCAUUUCCUACUCUCUCCACCAUCUACAUAACUUUUCUUUGACUUUUAUCUGGACGGCACUGUCCUUAGGUCCAGGUACUGAUGAAUCAAGAUACAUCAGCUAUUCGUGAUAGUUAAUUGAAUCGACCUUGUUUGUGCCUAUUGUAUGCUUUAGCUAGUUUUUAAGUUUCAUGUUUCUUUAUUGGUUAUGGUUGGAAGAGGCUGUGGACAAUAUCACCGAGUUGGUCUUAGGAGCAUAGUUGAAAUCUGGAUUAACCCAUUUUGAUCUAGUAGAAAAGGCAGGUUGGAACUUUGUUCCUUUUCAAAAGGGUGACUCUGAUACAUUAUCUGAAUUCUUGUUAUAUGCCUCUGAUCAGUUCAUAUACUUACGUGUGCUUUUUCAUGGUAUAUAAUUAUUUUCAUUAUUUGUACAUGAAAAUUUAAUGGGUUCAAUUUUGGAUAAAGCCCAUUAUUUAUAGGCAGUGUUACCUCAGGACAAGUUACCAUUCUUCCUGGCAGUGGGAUGUUGAAUCCCUUUACCAAGGACCGGAUCUCGGAAAUCACUGGCUAGACUAUGGAUAUGUUUUUUAUCAUUAUUUCUGUCUUAGCACCAAAUUGAGUUUUAAAUGAAGAUAUCAUAGUAUGAAGAAAGAGAAACUUAUACUAUUUCAUGUUAUUGGAAUUGCACAAUCGGUCAAAGGCCCAUUCCAACUCCAACAUUGUAUUUCAUUUGAUUCCUAGAGAGUUUGAUUGGAGAUUAGAGAAUAUACUUUAUCAACCAUGUAAAUAUUUUUUCCUCCAUAAGUAUUUGUGAUUCUCAGUUAAAUAUUUUCAACAGAUCCUCCCGUUUGUACAUAUUCCAAGGACCUUCAGAGUUGAUGCCACUAGUAAGUUUUAUGGUUAUUUUGGCUUGUCAAACCUUCAAAGCUACGAAGUUUGUCUAGUUUUUUUCCAUUAAUUUCUUUUCUUAAUUUGUUGUGUCACUUCUUUAUUAGUAUUCUUUGUCUGAGUUAAGUGUGGAUGCAGACUAGUAGGUUUUAUUCAAUACAUCAUGUGAGAGGAUGAAGUUGCAAAUGUAGAGGAAAUCACCAUUUAUUCAUAUUACUAGUGGUUGGUAGCUUGAAAGUUUUCCUUUGAGAUCAGGACUUCGAAAUUGAGACUUUUUGAGAUUCACUUGUGCACAGAUUUUGAUGUUUCGGAAUCUGCAUACAUUGUUAAUUUAUUUAAUGGUCAUGUUAUUGAUUGAGAAGAAAUCAAAUGCAUCAGAUGUUAUUUUUAUCUUAAAGUUUUUAUAUAAUCAGUCGCAUGUGGAUGUCUGUUUAGCUUUAUAGGAACCCAAAACCCAAUCUAUCUGAACUAAAACCCUUGCAAGAAAGUGAAAAACUUUUUGACAUAGAAAUUAUACAGGAGUGUCUCAUUUUCAUACUGCUUGAUGUUGGUGGUAUCCAUUGGCUUUUCCUUGAUUGAGAUCUCUACCCUUUUGGGAUUACUAGAUUGGGAUCCAACAAUUAUAAACACGCCGACACAUGAGCUGUGUGCCAUGCCAAGUAAUAUAAGUCAAGGUAAAUGAUUCAAUAAGAAAAAAGAAUAACGUGCCUUUUAGAUAGUAGUUGACUGAAGAAGUUCAUUUAUUUCUCUUUCUAUAGGUCGUAAUAUCAUGUCAGUAAUAUCAAAAUUGAGAAAUCCCUGUUCAAUCAAUGGCCCAAAAAGGGAGUAUUGCUGGUACUGCUGCCAUCAAACGGAGCACUUGCAGGUCUACUUUAGGAUUUUUGGUUUCUGUCAAGGGCCGUGGUGUUUUCGAGACACUUUCCAAGUUCUGCAAGUAGUGUCUUUUCCACUAAUAAAAGCAUGUUUACAUAAGAACCGAGGCAGCUUUGAUACAAUCAUGAAAAGCCGUUUGUCAACUAAGCUAUCAUGAGCUUAGAAAGCAUAGAGCCCGACUAUAUACAGGUUUCGUAUAGAUGAAAUUAUGCUUAAGGGCUUUAUUAAUGUUUUCCAAGUUUUAUUAUGCAUAGUUUCAUAAUAGAAAGAAGUGAGAGGGGAUCCUCCUUCCACCUGAUGAGGGUUACCCAUUGCCACAUGGCUGCUCAUCUAUGAGAUGCUCUAACCCACUGCAUCAGUAACACCUUGAUGGUUCCAUAUUAAUGAGAUGACACUGAUAGAAUGAUGAUGAAGAGGCUAGAAAAUUUUCCGUCAAUUUUGAUAUUAUACUAAUUACUUAAUUUAACUAUUUUUAGUUUAAAGUAUCAUAGAUAUUAUAUUUAUAGACAUGCCAUAUAUUGAAUCGUUCUAUUCUAUUUUUGUUUCACACAUAUAUGUAUAUAUGUUGUUCUCAAUGUUCACUUUAGUACGGUUGAUAUUUUUUCCAUGACACAGUAGGAUGCACACGGGCAUAAUCUGAAGUAACUUCUUGAGCUUUGUAUAGGAAGGUGACCUGAAGAAGUUAAGAAAUGCUAAGCUUCUAGAGGAAAUGCAUGAUCGUGAGGCUUCUCUUUCGCGUGCAAGAGUUGAAGCCUCCAUGAAGGAUGGCAUCUCUUGGGGGAUGGCUGAGGAUGCAAUCGAGGAUAUCAGUGAGGUGACUUAGUCAUCUAAGCUUUAUUUAUUUUCAAAAGUAGGAUUAUCUGCAAACCAGAUUGAAUCCAGUUUCUUUCAAACCUGUCACAUUUUUAAAAAUUUUGUCGAAUGAAAAUUUCUUAAAUAUGAAAAAAUGUCUUCUUUGUUGGCACAAACCUGGAGAAAGUUUCCAUUCUUAUGUCUAAAAUAGCAUAUCCACGUUUAUAUAGAAUUGAUGGAUCUUUUGUUUGAUUUGUAUCUUUUCGGUGAGAUUUAUUUCCCCCACUUGCAAAAUCUUUGGGCACUACACACAUUCUAAAUAGGUUUAUUUAUUUUCUUUAAUUAUCUAAUUAAUCCCUGGCUCUUAGAAUGACGCAGAAGAGGUAACCUGGCAAACUUACAGAGGGCAACUUACUGAAAGACAGGAAAAAACACGAAGCAAAAUCAUCAAACGAAUGGAAAAGGUUAGAAAUAGUAUCACAGAUUUUAUUUUUAACAUUUCGGCAGCCUGUGGUUCUCCUUGAGCAAUCAUUAUGAUGCUGCUGUAGGUUAUCUAAAUCUUGUCGUAUUAAUUUUUUUUUUGUGAAUUGCUUCUGUUUUUAUGCGUGUGCUUACCUUGAAGUGCUGAUCAUCCCUUUACGUUUUCGUCUUUUUCUGUAUGCUUCUUGUUAUGUAUCUCAUUUUUGUCUGGAUUGGCUUUCUCGACAUUGUUUCAACCAGGGACAAGAUAUUGUCAAAUGCCCCUUUUUACUUUCUCUUGGCAAGAUGGGGGAAGAUCUAUUAUUGAUUAGUGGCCAGCGUGGCCUGUUUUUGUGCCGUUUUUCUGCAUUGAAGUCAGAUCAGAAUCCCCUCCCUGGAUCAGAUCAUGUGGUGCAGAUCAGUAUUUGAUUGGCUGUCCGUGUUGUAUUAGCUAAUGAUGCAUCAUUUGGGGAAGAACCCGACUUAGAGCUAAGGAAACUUGGCCCAAUAAAUCUUCUGAAGAGCUAAGGAAACUUGGCCCAAUAAACUGGACUAGACCUUGAUGGAGGCUAAGAAACUUGGCCCUGAAUCCACGGAUUGAGGAUUGACUGCGGCGACCCUUGAAUCCAAAAGGAUCAAAAGGCUGUUAGAAUGGAGCUGAUGGUGAAAAACCAUCACAAUCAUCAUCUGAAAAGAAGACUCUCUCACAAACCCGAAUCUUUAGAGUCUGGUAUUCAUACUAGACUCCAGAUGGACUUAGAUGGGCCGGUUUGGCCCAGACUCACAGAAUUACAUAGUCUAACACCCUUGAAUCUACAAAAGGGAAUGCUUAAACCCACAAGCAAAGGGACACCUCAAUGGGGAAAAAAAUCAUACUAACCAAGAUCUUUUUGGGUUACAGCGAGCUGGCCAUUAAAUAGGCCGAGAAUCAGCUGUGGCUCCCCUAAACAUCGGAUCAAUUUAGGAAACAAAGUCAAAAGGACUUUCAAAAAUAUCAGUUACACUAAAACGUUGCCACGUCACGUGGUUUAUUUGAGCAUAAUCUGAUUUUGCGCCUUUUUGGGCCUUCUCAACUUUAUCGUGUUUCCAGGUUUCCUGGCCCACCAAUUUUGGGCUUUCCUUGGUUCUGUGCAUGGCUUUCAUUCUGAGCUUGGAACUUUGGAAUUGUAUGAGAAUCUACCCUCACUGCUAAUUUAAAUUUAUUUUAGUUCAUUCAUAUUACAAUCUCAAGCAGAAAAUAAGUGUUUAUAGACUUUAUAUUAUUGCUUAUUCAGCAGACGAUUUAUUCUUAGUUGUUUUGAAAGAUAUCUGAAAUCGAACCUGACCUAAGCGUCUUCUAAUGUGUUGCUUUGUCGCCUGAUGGCUCACUGCCUUUGUCAUCCCAAGCAUUUUGAUGUUGUUGAUAGAUCCCUCUACUUUAUUUCGUAAAGAAUUUGAUACCCUUAUGAUCUUGGCAUCUUUUUCACUGCUGAUAAAAGCCUUGGGAGAAUGAUCCCUUCGUUGAUUCACCUGAUUUACUUCCCAUAAAAGUGACAGGAAACUAACGAAGAUUCCCAACUGAGAAUUUGAGGUAUUUGGAAUCUAGCCAAACAAAUGCAAAAACAGUCAACCAAAAAACUUCUCUAUUGAGGAAUGUAUUAGAUGGUUGAGGGAAAACUUCUCUCCUAACCUUAGUCUAUCUCCUGGAUGAAGUUCCUCCAAGAAGUUUACUUUGUUGAGUGGUAUUUUUUUAUGGACAUUGAUUCAUAGCUUUGAAGAGGCUUGCUGGAUGUGUAGGUUGUUUCUAGCAUUUGGUAAAUGUCUGUGUAAUUCAUUUUUAAUUUUCUAAAAUGGUCAUUUGGUCAUAAACUGCAUCACGCUAGUUGAUUUCCUUCUGCUUUUCUUUUUCAAAUUUUUUUGUUAACAUGAGGAGCGAGUCCCCAACUCAUUUCUUUAUAUUGGCUAUUUCUUCAUUUUUAGUUGGCAUGGAUUUUCAUUUAAGAAAGGACCAAAUAAUCCCGAAUAAACUUUUUUUUCGCAAGCUUGUGCAUCUUUCCUCUUGAAACCUUACACCUUAUUGACCUUAUAAAAAAAAUAUUAUAAAUAUUUUUUUUUCUAAAGGUUGCUAAUAUGCGGAAAGAAAUUGAUUCCAUCCGAGCAAAAGACAUUUCUCAAGGUGGUCUAACUCAGGGCCAGCAGACUCAGAUUGCUAGAAAUGAACAACGGAUGGCCCAGGUCAGAGAUCUUCGAUUUUCCUUGGAAUACUCAUCAGUGGGCAUCCAGUUAUUUUUGUUAAUGAAUACUAAUUUCGAUUUUUAACUAAUGUUCGUGUGCUCAUCAGAUUAUGGAAGAGCUGGAUAGCUUGGAAGAAACUUUGAAUGAAAGUAUCCAAGAGAGUAUAGGUGCACGUGUAAAGACUUAUGGUAAGAAAAAGGGUACUACCCAGGAUGAAGAUGAAGACGUGAUCCUAAGGUAAUAAAGGAUAACUGUUAAACAUUUUGUGAUUUUUACCACUUUCUUGAACGCUAUUGUGCACAUACUGAAAAAAUACGGAGAAAAGGGCAAUGCGCAAUUAUGCAAUUGUUUGACUAUUUGGUUCUUCAAAUUUAAACUCUACGUAAGAAAUACCUUGGUGACUGAUCAUGACAGUUCAUCUUGUAACGUUCAUGAUGUUAGAUGAUAUGUGCUGAUUGGACGUGUACUGGUCCCAAAAAAAAGUUGUCUAGAAUGAAUAGGUCACGAUGAGUCAUUGUUUUGAUCAACAACAUUGCUAUAAAACAUUAUCCUAGAUUGGAAGGCUCAAUAAAUUUCGUAUUGACAUCCGCGAUUGAAUUGAUAGAGCUCUUUUCUUCCUUUUUUUUUGUUUUACUGCUUGACGCCAUGCAUAUCGUAUUAUAUCGGACCAAUUCUAUAAAUAGUAUCCAAAAAAGAUGAAUUUAUUCCCUACCGAAAUGAGAAUCUUCCAAUGAUGUCCAUGCAGUUCUACAUGACAUUGAAUUUGUUCAUGGUGACCUCUCAAACAAGAGUUACGUUGUAUCUUGGGAAAAACAAGCGAACUUGAGUGCCCAUCUGAACUUCGUUAAUCUGUGAAACUUGUCGCGACGAUUUGCCUCUAAAUACAAAUAAUCCAUGUAAAUUAUUGUUUAACGUUUUAUAUCACCUUUGAAAUGCUGUAAAAAUGUGCUGGCAGAGAAAAUUAGCAUCCAAGAUUGAAUAUUUUUAUGUUCUUUCACUUGAUUUCUAGCUUUUCUGGUGGAUUCCACUUUGGGCAAUAAAGUUAUUCAGAAACUUUCUUUCUAAGCAACAUUUUUUGAACACUAAAAUUUUGUUUUUGAUUCCUUUGCAUGAGUCAGUGAUGACGAUGAGUUUUAUGAUCGAACAAAGAAGCCUCAACUUAAAAAGUCUGGUGAGCAGCAGAUUGUUGAAACUGCCGAAACACUUCUUGACAAAAAGGAAAUCCUUGUCAAGCAAAUGGAAGAGAAGACAAACCUCUUGCAGGAAGAGAACUCUAAGAUGGUCUCUGCGACUCAGGGUCUGGAAGAGGGUGAUGAACUUGACGCAUACAUGACAGGGCUUUCAUCCCAACUAGGUAAGGAUGUUCUUCAUAUGUUUUUUUUCUUUCUAAAGACACCCCUGUCAUCGAGAACAUAGAGAACUCUUUAAAUUUCUACAGAGUAUCAUUUUCCUUCACGAACAUAGAGAUCCGGUUCACGUUUGUACACAAUUAGUAAAUUAUCAUUUAAGUCACAAACAAUUGACAUAUUCAUAUAGCCACCCACUUGUGAUGCUUUUUUUCAUAACCUGACACAGCCUAUAAAUGAGGUAAUAUUCAGCAUAUCAUUCAUCUCAAGGCUCUGAAAAGCCAUACGUUUUCUUGAUCCUUGUACAGAUCCUUGCCCGUGGAGUUUUUCUAGUUCUCAUGCUGUUCCUAAUAUGUGCAUAUGUAUAAGGAUGUUGGCCUGAUGUAUUUGGUUUAUUACGUUCUAUAAUUGUACAUAAAUGUGGCCAUCUGACAAGAACAUUCAGCGCUGAAAAAAGAAUUUUUCUCAACCCUGUGGAGGACGAAAGUCCACUCAGCCCUCAUGAUCCAUUGAUAUCUUUGGUAAUUCCAUCAUUUUGAGUGUCUGCUUUGAGGGACUGAAGCCAGUGGCCCUCCUCGUCAUGCUAACUUCCACAUAAGUCAUGUGAGAUACAUUUGCUCUGAUGCUUCUUCUCAUGUGAUCGAUCAGUACUGGUUUCACUGAACACCCAUUUUAUUACAUUUAUGGAAAUAUGAAAACUAAUGCACUUCCUGGUUAUUUUAUCUCUGUUUGUACCAGUGCUGGAUAAAACUACCCGAAUUCAGGGCGAGUUAUCUGCCCUAAAAUCUGAAUUAGACAGGAUAUUGUACUUGCUGAAGAUCGCCGAUCCAAGCGGGGAAGCAGCCAAGAAAAGGGAAUCUAAGAAGCUGGAACCCAGACCAACCCAUGUUGAUGCUUCUUCUACCCCCAGCAUCACCAAGAAGACUACUUCUGAGAGUAAGAAGAUCUCUGUGGUAGAGAAGCCUUCAACUGGGCCGUCUCCUCCAGGCCCUCUGCAGGCCGAAGAACCUCCAGCUGGGGACAAAGCAGAGUCUCAUGGCCAGAUAGAGGGCGAAACCCCAGUGUACAGUGUCUCCAAGCCUCAGUGGCUGGGGGCUGUGAAGGAAGGUGAAUCUGCCGAGGGCCAGAAAGAGGGUGUCUUGGAAGCUGAUGAGACAACUGAUGAGUUUGUGGACUAUAAAGAUAGGAAGAUCUUGGUUGAUGGGGAGGGUAUAGAAGAUGCAGCGCCAGGUUUAAUCAUCCGAAAGCGGAAGCAAGCCGAGAACCCUAAAUUGCCCGAAGGAGAAGCUUCAAUGGCGUCUACUUCCACCUCAGUUGAGGCAGAAACUGCGGUCGCAGACGCUGUGGCACUGCUGCUAAAGCAUAAACGAGGGUACAUUGUGCCAGAGGAUGAGAUGACGGAGAGUGAUCAGCUGCUCCCUGGUGGAGAUGAAUCAGAGAAGAAGAAGAAGAAGAAGAAAACCAAGAGAGUGCUUGGUCCAGAGAGGCCAUCCUUCCUCGAGAGAAGCCCCGAUUAUGAGGAAUGGGUGCCUCCUGAAGGUGAGUUUUUUUUUUUUUACUAUAAAUGGAAAGAAGCCCUUGUGUGGUCCAACAGGGUUUAGACUAUUCUACAGAUUAUUUUCUGAGCCUAAUCCAUAUUUGAUCCUUUGAUAAAGAUUUUAAAAAGAAAUAAACUUCUUCUCAAUUUUUUGUAGGGCAAUCGGGUGAUGGACGAACAUCCUUGAAUGAUCGUCUUGGUUACUGA